CACUCCCACCACGGCACCACCAUCGCCCUCCCCCUCCUCCUGUUCCUACCUCGCACGGCGCGCCCGCCCUUGCGCUCCUCUCGCGACCUAUAAAUCCGCCGUACGCUUACGCUCUACACCGUCUCCAAGCCAACUACUGCUGCCAACCGCCUCGCCUCGAGCAGUCUGCCAGUCUCGUCCUAGUUAGCUAGAUCCCCGCGACCGCCGUAGCACUUGCUUCUCCGUCUGAGCGCGUCUAUAUAAGCAGCCUUGGUGAUUCAAGAUUCACCAUUCCGCUCAGUGCGAUCUUGUUUCUAGUUGCGCAAUAAUGGAGUUCACCGCUAGGACCGCCAUUGCUCUGCUUCUCGCGCUCGCCGUCGCCUCGAGCUUCCUAUGCGACGGGGUCCACAGCCGCCACCACCACACCAAGCACACCAGGCACAACUCCGCGCACCCGCCGUCCCACGCUCCGGGCCCGGCGAGCCCGAGGCGGGCGCCUCCGCGCGCGCGGCCAUCUCCCCCGGCCCCGCCGCCGUCGGCGUACCCAACGCCGGGCGCGGUCACCGUGUACGACGUCGUCAAGGACUUCGGCGCCGUCGGGGACGGCGUCACGGACGACACCGACGCCAUCAAGACCGCGUGGGACACGGCGUGCCAGGACGACGGGCCUAGCGUCGUGCUCGCCGCCGCCGGGCACUCGUUCCUGGUGCACACCACCGUCUUCACCGGACCGUGCCAGGGCAGCGUCACGAUCCAGGUCGACGGGACGAUCGUCGCACCGAGCGAUCCCGAUACGUGGCCGGCGAACAGCAAACGCAACUGGCUCGUGUUCUACCAGGCCCACGGCGUGUCGCUGCGCGGCGCCGGGCUCAUCGACGGCAAAGGCCAGAAGUGGUGGGAUCUCCCCUGCAAGCCUCACAAGGGAACACAUGGAGCAAACACCCAGGGAUCUUGUGACAGCCCAGUGGCGUUGAGGUUUUUCAUGAGCAACAACGUGAAGGUGCAAGAUCUGAAGGUGCAGAACAGCCCCGAGUUCCACUUCCGGUUCGACAGCUGCCGCGGCGUGCUCGUGAGCGGCCUGUCCAUCAACUCCCCGGAGCUGAGCCCCAACACCGACGGCAUCCACGUCGAGAACACCCAGGACGUCCUCAUCACCAACUCCGUCGUCUCCAACGGCGACGACUGCGUCUCCAUCGGCGCCGGCACCCUGAACGUCCACAUCGAGAACGUCACCUGCGGGCCGGGCCACGGCAUCAGCAUCGGGAGCCUGGGAAAGCCGGGGUCGUCGCGGGCGUGCGUGGCCAACGUGACGGUGCGGAACGCGGUGAUCCGGCACUCGGACAACGGCGUGCGGAUCAAGACGUGGCAGGGCGGGUCCGGGUCCGUGUCGUCGGUGUCGUUCGAGAACGUGCGCAUGGACGCCGUGCGCAACCCCAUCAUCAUCGACCAGUACUACUGCCUCUCCCACAGCUGCCAGAACUCCACCACGUCCGUGUUCGUCUCCGGCGUGUCGUACGCCGGCAUCCGGGGCACCUACGACGUGCGCAGCCCGCCCAUCCACUUCGGGUGCAGCGACGCCGUGCCGUGCACCAACAUCACGCUCUCCGAUGUCGAGCUGCUGCCGGCCUCCGGCGACACGGUCCACGACCCCUUCUGCUGGAACGUGUACGGCAACACUGCCACGCCCACCGUGCCGCCCGUGGCGUGCCUGAUGGAAGGAGUGCCCAGGACCGGCGAGGAUAGCAGCAGCUUGAAAUGCUAGUCAUGAUAAUGAGGAUGACAUCCUGCUGUCGUUGCUUGUUUAGAGGAUGAAACAGAACUAAAAAACAGAAGAGUAAAUUAGUGCAGAUAAAAGGAGCUUAAAGCAUGAUUACUUAUGUAUAUAUAGAAAGAAGAAAAUGUAAUAGUAAGAGGUGAUUUAUGUAAGAAUUACUGGAAUAUAUAUAUAUACUAUAUAU